AUGGCUAAGCCAAUAGGGUCGAGACCAGCUCGUCUCUAUGGUCUUCCAAAAUUACAUAAAUCUAAAGAAAAUUAUACAUUACGUCCAGUUAUGUCUGUAAUUAAAACAGUUGGAUAUAGUUUAGGAAAAAUGCUUACCAAUCGAUUAAAACAUCUUCGAACAAGUCCUUAUGUUAUUAAAGAUUCAUUUGAUUUUUUAAACAAAAUUAAAUCAUCAAAAAAUGUGGAUACAAUAUUGGUGUUAUUUGAUGUAGUAAGUCUCUUUACCAAUGUUCCACUUACCUAUAUAAUUGAUUUUGUUCUUGAUCAAAUACAUCCGACAUGUAAAAAAUCAUGUCUGAAACUACCAAGAGCAGAACAAUGUCGUAAAUGUAAGCAGAAUGUUGACUUUAGAACUCUACUCGAAGAAGCUACAUCUAAGACACAUUUUACCUUUAAUAACAAAAUGAAUGUUCAACAUAAUGGUGUUGCAAUGGGUGCUCCAUUAGCUUCAGUGAUUGCUGAUAUCUUUAUGACUCACUUGGAAACAACAUUGAUGGAUAAAUUAACACAAUUAGGUGUAUGUGAAUGGUAUCGAUAUGUAGAUGAUACAUUUGUUCUCAUUAAUAAAAAUGCAAAUGUAGAUAACAUGUUAUCCAUUCUUAAUGAUUUUCAUCCAUCAAUUAAAUUUACAAGAAAGAUUGAAGAUAAUGAUAAAUUGGAAUUUCUCGAUGCACAAGUCAUUCGAUCACCAGAACCACAAUGCUUCGAGACAACAAUUUAUCGUAAACCAACAUUUACUGGAUUACUAACAAAUUGA